AUGUCAGCUAAACAACAAUACUUACAAAAGAACCCAGAUGACGUUGUUAUCGUCGCAGCUUAUAGAACCGCUUUAACUAAAGGUGGUAAAGGGGCAAUGAAAGAUGUUGGUUCAGAUUUCAUCUUAAAACAACUCACAGCCGAAUUUAUUAAAAAAACCGGUAUUGAUGUCAAUUUAUUACAAGAUGCUGCCAUUGGUAAUGUCUUAAACAAAAGAGCCGGAGAUUUCGAACAUAGAGGUGCUUUAAUGACUGCUGGUGUUCCAUAUACUGUCCCAUUCAUUGCCGUCAAUAGACAAUGUUCUUCUGGUUUAAUGUCUAUCAGUUCUGUUGCUAACCGUAUCAAGUGUGGUGAAAUUGAAUGUGGAUUAGCUGGUGGUGUUGAAUCAAUGUCUAAAAAUUAUGGUCCUGGAGCUAUUCCAAAAAUUGAUGAAUCUUUAGUGAAUCAUCCUGAAUUUGUUAGGAAUAGUACUUCAAUGGGUAUAACUAAUGAAAAUGUCUGUUCUCAAUUUAAUAUCCCAAGAGAAGCUCAAGAUGAAUUUGCCGCUGAAUCUUAUCAAAGAGCAGAACGUGCUCAACGUGAAGGUAAAUUCAAAGAUGAAAUCUUACCUAUCCAAGUUUUCCAAGUUGAGGAAGAUGACGACGAUGUUGAAGAAGAAGAAGAAAAACCACCAGUAGAAAAACUCGUUACUGUUGAUACCGAUGAAGGUAUUCGUCCCGGUGUUACCAAGGAAAAACUCGCCAAGAUCAAACCUGCCUUCAAGAAAGAUGGUGUUUCUCACGCUGGUAAUUCUUCCCAAGUCACAGAUGGUGCAGCAUUGGUCUUAUUAAUGAAACGUUCCUUUGCCGAACAACAUGGUUACACCUCAUUGGCCAAAUAUAUCUGCUGUUCAGUCGCUGGUGUCCCACCUGAAAUUAUGGGUAUUGGUCCAGCCGUCGCUAUUCCAAAAGUCUUAAAAACAACCGGAUUAUCAGUUGAAGAUGUAGAUGUUUAUGAAAUCAAUGAGGCAUUUGCGGGACAAUGUCUUUAUUCUAUCCAAUCUUGUAAAAUCCCAAGAGAAAAGGUCAAUAUUAACGGUGGGGCUAUUGCUUUGGGUCAUCCUUUGGGUUGUACUGGGGCUAGACAAUAUGCUACUAUUUUGAGAUUAAUGAAACCAGGUCAAUUUGGUUUGACUUCUAUGUGUAUUGGUACUGGUAUGGGUGCUGCUUCUAUUAUUGUUAGAGAAUAG